AUGUCAGGGACCCGCCUUGGGCUCCUGGUCUCUGUCCUGUGCUGGGUAGUCAGAGCCUAUCCUAACACCUCCCCGCUGCUGGGCUCCAGCUGGGGUGGCCUGACCCACCUGUACACGGCCACAGCCAGGAACAGCUACCACCUGCAGAUACACAAGGACGGCCAUGUGGAUGGCACACCCCAUCAGACCAUCUACAGUGCCCUGAUGAUCAGAUCGGAGGAUGCCGGCUUUGUGGUGAUAACAGGUGUGAUGAGUCAGAGGUACCUCUGUAUGGACUUCAGAGGCAAUAUCUUCGGAUCGCACCUCUUCAGCCCCGAGAGCUGCAGGUUCCGACAGCGGACGCUGGAAAACGGCUACGACGUGUACCACUCCCCGCAGCACCGCUUCCUAGUCAGCCUGGGCCCGGCCAAGAGGGCCUUCCUGCCGGGCACCAACCCGCCGCCUUACUCCCAGUUCUUGUCGCGGAGGAACGAGAUCCCCCUCGUCCACUUCAACACCCCGCGGCCGCGGCGCCACACCCGCAGCGCCGAGGACGCCGAGCGCGACCCGCUGAACGUGCUGAAGCCCAGGCCCCGCAUGACCCCCGCGCCGGCCUCCUGCUCCCAGGAGCUCCCAAGCGCCGAGGACAGCGGCGUGGUGGCCAGCGACCCGUUAGGGGUGCUCAGGGGCAACAGGGUUAACGCGCACGCCGGGGGGAUGGGCGUGGAGAGGUGCCGCCCCUUCCCCAAGUUCAACUAG